AUAGAAACAAUUAUGGCAAGUUUGGUAAAGAGCAUUUAUGUACGGAAAAUACAGCUACUAAAGGAUAAUAUCUUACGAAAUGCUGUGAGGAAUUACAAGCCAAGAAGAGCCCUCAUGUAUGUACCUGGUAAUGAUUUGCGGAAAAUAAGUAAGAUAUCUAGUCUAAAUGUCGAUUGUAUAGCACUAGAUUGUGAAGAUGGAGUUGCAUUUAAUAAGAAGGAUGAAGCUAGGCAAACGAUACGAGAUUCUUUAGUUCAAUUAGUUUCAAAUUCUGACAUUAAAAGUGAUAUAGGUGUUCGAGUCAAUUCUGUAGAUAGUGAUAUGUGUGAACAAGACUUGGAAGUUUGUUUAUCUGGAAAGACGUUACCUCAUACUGUAUUGUUGCCAAAGGUUGAGGAGAGUGACCAUCUGCGAUGGUUUUCAGCAAAAUUAGACAAAAUUAUCCAAAUCAACAACAAAGUUAAUUUAAUAAUUUAUAUCGAAUCGGCCAAAGCAUUUACAAACUUGACAGAAAUAUGUAAAACUGCUACAGAGUUAUCGGCAAAGUCAAAGUUUGUACCAAACUCAUUGGUAUUUGGAAGCGAUGAUUUCUGUGCUAGUAUAGGUGCCACCAGAACUGAAGAUGCAAUAGAAGUCCUCUGUGCAAGACAGAUGUUGGUGUUGAACGCCAAAGCUUUUCAUUUACAAGCCAUAGACAUGGUGUACAUAAACUAUAAAGAUUUGGAUGGAUUGAAACGUCAAAGCGAACAGGGCAUGCGUAUGGGAUAUACGGGCAAACAGGUUAUCCAUCCAGGUCAAAUACAAGUUGUUCAGGAAGCCUUCUUGCCUAGUGCAGAUAAGAUAGAGUGGGCUCGAGGUCUUCUGCAUGCAUUUAAAGAACAUCAAGCAACAGGAAAGGGGGCUUUCACUUACAGGGGAAGUAUGAUAGAUAUGCCAACCAUGAAGCAAGCUCAGAACGUUAUAGACUUAGUGAAUUCCACCAAAAAAUAAAGGAAUCUACCUUAAGAUGAUGUGGCAUUCAAAAAAAAAGACUGAUAGCUUAGUUAUUAUUUUUAAACACUUACUUUUUAAUGAUUUGGUUGUGUACGUUGACGUUUUAUAUGCCGGAAAAUAAAAUUGAAGGCGUAUAUUCACAGGACAUUACUGUAGUUUAAAUGUACUAAAACAGAUUUCUUUUAUUGACGAUAUGUAUUUGAUUUAGAGGUGGGUAUAUUCUAAAAGAACCGAUAUGUAGGAACUCAGCAUAGGAGGAAUCAAAGGAACCGGUUCGAUGAUUGCAGGUGUUUAAUUAAAACAUAUCCCAAGGACAGUGGCCUUGAUCAAGCUGCUCAUUUGAUAUUUAUACUCCGACAAGAAAUGCAAAUUACCGUUGCCAAACUAGAGAUGUUGUUAGUUAGAGGUGAACAGUUCUAAACCUGCCGUUAUUUAAGAAUGCCACAAAAACUUGAAUCAAAUGACCCGAAUUCAACCGUUACAAUAUUCUAUAAAGUUUGUAUUUAUCAGUUUGGGCCCCGAUUUGUAACUUUCCUUUAUUUUCUCACCUGAUAUUUAAUAUAUACGAUUAAUUUUGAGGACGAAUAUGCCUAAGUGAAUCUUCUUUUAAAAGUAAUUUUGGAUUUGUGACAAACUUAUAGUCAGAUUUUUAAAUGAUACCGUUAUAUUGACAUAAAAUAUUCAAUUGUUCAAAAAGUAUGCGUUAUUAUUUGCAUUUUUGCCUUCUUCUUCUUAACAUGCCAUACACCAAAGUGUGUAGGCGACUAUCUCAUUACUAGAAUUCUGUUCUUGGCGGCGUGACACAGCUCGCCUGUAUUGUGUAUUCCUGUCCAUUCAUUAAUAUUCCUUAACCAGGAUAAUUGUUUGCGGCCGGUUCCCCUCCUACCUUCGAUCUUCCCUUGUAGGAUUAACUGUGGUAUUUCAAUUAAUUCAAAGAGUUCUCUUUCUACGCCGGCUCUCUUAAGGACGUCAUCGUUUCGAACUCUAUCCACCCAAGGUAUGCGCAUCAUUCUUCUCAAUGACCACAUUUCAAAUGCUUCAAGUUUGUUGAUAGAUGUUUUUUUUUAAGUCCACGUUUCCAUGGCAUAAAGCAAGAUGGACCAUAUGUAUCACUUGACCAUUCUGUAGCGUAUUUCGAAAUUUAGGUUUUGAUUACAUAGGAGCGGUCUGAAUUUCACAAAAGCUUGUCUUGCCAUUUGUAUUCGGGUUUUUAUCUCGUAUUGUGGAUCUGAUUGGUCAUUGAUUGUGGUGCCAAGGUAUUUAAAAGUUUUCACGCGCUUUAUACGAUCGUCACCUAUGCAUAUUAUCGGAUUUUCUGGAGGGUUUCUGCUAAUGACCAUAUAUUUCGUUUUCAAAAUGUUGAUUUUGAGGCCAUAUUAUUUACCUAUGCUAUUUAUUCACCCUAUCAAGUAAUAACUGCUGAUCUUCCAAAUGAUCAGUUAUAAUCACUGUGUCGUCCGCAUAGCGUAGGUUGCUAAUUGGUAUGCCGUUCACCUUCAUGCCUAAUUCCGUGUCUUCCAAUGCUUCCGCAAAUAUAUUUUCAACAUAUAAAUUAAAAAGCUUCGGAGAGAGUAUGCAGCCUUGGCGGACACCUUUCCGGAUUUCAAAUUCAUCCGUAUAUUGGUCUUGAUCAAUCCUCAGCUUUGCCAUUUGGUUCCAGUAUAGAUUCUGAAUAAUUCUGAUCUCCUUCUGGUCAAUGUUGGCCCUAUGUAGUAGUUCCAUCAUGAUAUCAUGUUUAACAUUGUCAAAUGCCUUCUCGUAGUCGAUGAAGGUGAGGUAGACAUCUUUUCGUUGAUCUAAGCAGUUUUGUAUUAAGGUGUUCAAACAUAAAAUUGCCUCUCUUGUUCCUAGUCCUCCCUUAAAACCGAAUUGUGUUGACCCGCUAAGUUCUUCUUAAGUAUCUUGUACAUUCUUGAGUGUAAUAUCCUAAGGAAGAGUUUCAGCAAGUGACUCAUUAAACUGAUUAAGCGGUGUUCAUUGAAUUUUGUGGCAUUAGCUGUUUUUGGGAUCAUCACAAAGGAUGACUGCAGCCAUUCUCGCGGAAUGUAACCAGUAUCAUUAAUUCUAUUGAACAGCCUUACCAAGAUUUCGAUAUACUCCUCGUCUAAUAGUUUUAUUGCUUCUAUAUUAAUUUCAUCUGGACCUGUUGCUUUAUGCAUCUUUGUGGUUCUAACUGCAUAUUCUAUUUCACUUCGCAUUAUUGAUGGCCCUUAUAAGUUUUCGGAGGGAAGUUUGCGCGGUGGUUGUGUUGGUCUUUUGUCAUUAAAAAGUCUUUCUGCGUAUUCUUUCCACGCCAUUGCUAUCUCCUCUUCUGACUAUGUAUUCGUUUCUGUCGUUGCGUAUUCUUGUUCUGUGAUGGCUUUUGUGUAUAUUCGAUAUUUCUUUGAUCUUCUUAUGUAGUUCAAAACUAUCUCCUUUUUCCUGCAAUUGUUCUAUUUCGUUGCACCUUUCCACCAUCAAACGUUCUUUUGCUUUCCUAAUUUUCUGGCGAAUUUCUUUGUGUAUAUGUUUGUAUUUGUCUUGAUUACGUUGUUGUUUAUGUUGCCUUCGCUUUUCCAUUAAAUCCAUAAUUUCGUCCGUCAUCCAUUCGUUAUGCUUUCUUUUUCUGAUCUGUGUUUUAAAUUCCCUGUUUACUGCCAGAAUCGUUCCUUUAAUAUCAUUGACCAUCUCUUCGAUAUCAUCAUUUUGUUCUAUUACUCACAUUCUUUCAUUAAUUUGAUUCACAUAACUCUUCUUCAGAUUUUCGUCUCUCAUCAGUUCUCUUGUAUUUAUAGGCGUGCUGGUGUUUGUAUUUGUUCUCUUAAUUUUUGCUAGUUUUAACCUCACAUCUGCUAUUAGCGGAUUAUGAUCGGAUGCAAUAUCAGUACCUGGAUAUGCUGCGAUUCUUUUGAUAGCGUUACGAAAUCUUCUGUCUAUUAAGACGUAGUCAAUUUGGUUUCUAAUUAUUCGGUUUGGACCGUCUCCUGGUGAUCUCCAAGUAUAUAACUUACGAGGUGGGAGCUGAAACCAUGUGUUCAUGACGACAAAACCGUUCUCCUGGCAGAAUUCACACAGCAGGUCGCCUCUUUCAUUUCUAACUCCAACGCCGUACUCUCCAAUUAUGUCUUCAUAUCUUCCUUCCUUCCUUCAUUUUUGCCUACUUAAUUCGAAUAUUCGGUUCCAAAUAGUGAAUAAAUAUCACGACAACGAAGCAUCAUACGGAACGAUCGGUCAUUUGGGAUUUCGUAUAAUGAUUGAUAUUCAUUAUAUUUGUCUCGAGGUAUUCUAAUAGGUAACCGCUAGUGUUGGUUUGGGAAUCAGUAACGUGAUCGAAUUGAAAGAUUUGGUACCAUAUAUAGCGAUUCAAUACUGUGGGGACGAAUCUUCAUACUAAACUAUUUGGUUCAUGUAUAUUAUUACUUCAUACACCCUCAGUCUACCCAAGAAACAUGUUUGUUCUACUGAUGACAGUGAGAUAUAGAGGUGUGGUAAUUAUUUAGAAUUGUUACCUUGGAACUUAUCAAUAUAUAUCAAUAUAUCAAUAUGAAUGAAAGGAACUGAUUUCAAUGACUUCCUUGAUUUUCAAGGAUUGCUAUUAUAAUACAAACUGAAGAUAUUUCACUUGGUAAUCUGUAGUGUUGGUUUGUUAACUGAUAGAGAGAUUCGGGAUCAAGUAGUGAUCCCUACUACGAUAACGAAUCAUCAAAUAGAAAGAAUUAGCCCACCUUGACUAUUAUUGACUAUUGUUAAAUACUACAUAUUGUUAUUAUUGUUUUUGAUCUAUAUCUAGCUUGAAACGAGCUUAGUAAAUAUUACUUCAGUUAAAACUAUACAAACAAUAAUUUUCUUUACAUUUCAUUGUGGCGUUUCAAUUAUAGUAACGUAUGGUGAAUAGAACAUAGAAACAUAUAUUUGUAGGUAUUUAAUGCUAAUUAGUUAAGUUAUAUUUUUUUAAAUAAAAAUUGACGACU